AUGUCUAGCAAAAGACACUCCGUUCUUCCCGCUAUCGAUCGCAGCGGCCCUAGACCACCCGUCCAUUUCUCCUCGUCCCUGACCAUCUCCGACAAUGCGAUCCUUCAAGGCACACAUUCGAUUACUAUGCAGACAGAAACUGUAAUACAUCCGCGAUCAAGAUUUGAGUCGAACUUCGGACCUAUCCUUAUUGGACGACGCUGUCUUGUUCACGAACGAACGCACGUAGGAGCUCGCCCCGCUGAUACUAAUAAUGCGAAGCCUGGUGGCAUAGCGUUGGCGGACUAUGUCACAAUCGAGGCUGGGUCAGUCAUUGAAGCAGGCGGAACUGAGAUUGGUGAGGGUUCUGUGGUUCAUGCUGGAUCGACUGUAGGAAGCGGUGCUAGAAUCGGCAAGGUAGAUAUGAACCUGUUCAAGCUUCAUGAACAAGAAGCUGACGAUUUCGAGAACUGCACCAUUACGCAAAUGUCCAACAUAGCCCCCGGAACAGUGCUGCCAGACAACACAGUAGUCUUUUCGAACGGCACGAGACGAAUCGAUCGACGUGAUCUUUCUGACCAGAGGAAGGUUGCUUUGGUCAAGCAACUCGCAAUUUUGCGAAAGAUGAUACCGAGCAAUGCGGAUAAAUUCAAAUAA